AAAAGAAUAAGGUUAAGCAAAUCUCUUACUGAUUUAUUUUAUUCCUCCAGAUUCUAGAUGAAUUAUUCCGACAGUGUCAAGAAUAUGGCCUGAUGGUGUCCCUGUAAUAGGAUUACAGAACCUAGAGUACGGAAAAGGAGUAGAAAUGCAUGUGCUCUAUGGCAAAGGAAAAUGACCUUGAGGAUAUGGCACGUGUUGUGUUGCGAGAUUUAAAUUUACGCAGGAAAACCUGAUGUGAUUUACAUAACAUGUCGUUGAGAAACACGUUUGGUAUUGUUAGCCUUGAGUAUUGAGGAAAUACUAGCAGAGUCAGUAAGACUCCUGUCAUUUGAAUUUUGCUAUGUCAUUUUAUUUGCUCCAAACACCACGCAGGGUGUAGGUGGAAUUUGAAGUUUGAACAUUUGGUCUUGUAGCUGGAAGCUAAACAGCAAGUUUAGCGAUCGUCUUUGUUGAGUAAUUGGAUGAAAGUAUUUAAGGUUUGUUCAGCUAGAAAAUUGGAAAUGGUUAAAUUGAACUGCCUCAUAUUCCAAGCAGUGCUUCUGCAUGUUGCAACUGCUACAACGAUUCAGUAUGGAAAAUUUGAUGCUGAUCAUAACUUCAGAAGAGUUAUCAAAAGGAUACCAUACAAGCAGAACUUCCAGAUUGAAAGCAACAAUGUUGAAUCCUUGGACAGUGUUGUGACAGCCACUCCAGGACCCAGCCCGCCGCCCCACACCAAGUAUCCAGAGAUGGCUCGCUUCAUUGUUCAUAAUUCAGACUGGGCCGCGCUGUCGUACGUGUCGUUCCAGAAGGAAACCCAGGGCUACCCGGUGGGCGCCAUCUUCUCCAUCAGCGAUGGCCCGCGGGAGCAGUCGACGGGCACUCCGUACCUAUACGUGACGGACCUGGAGCUGUCCGUCCAGGACCUCAGAAACGACUCGCGCUGCUCGCUGACGAUGACGCUGGCCGAGGGCCAGUACUGCCAACAGCACGGCCUGGACCAGCAGGACCCGCCGUGCGCCCAGAUCGUGCUGACCGGCCGCAUGCAGCGCCUGCAGAACGGCACGCGGGAGUGGGACUUCGCGCGGCAGGCCCUGUUCAGUCGCCACCCGCGCAUGAAGGGCUGGCCCUCCAAUCACUCAUUCUUCUUCAUGAAGCUGAAAAUUGAUGACAUCAACAUGACAGAUUUCUACGGUGGACCAGUGUACGUAGACGUGGAGCAGUACUUCAAGGCCAAGAUGUGAACGUCCCCCCACCGAGCGAAGCAUGGUGCUAACAGUGCUGUGUUACAAGAGGCGGACUAACUGUCUUCAUGUCUUUAACUAACAAUGAAUUUUUUAUAUUGUGUGCAAUUAGUUUGUUUGAAUACAUAUAUUUCUUAGCAGUU